UAGUAAAUUUGGCCAACGUUUAACAUUUUUUACAUAUGUCAUCUAUGAAUUUUAACUACUUUUAACUUCUAAGUAAUAUUUGUUUUGUUAUUUACUUAAUGAGGAAGUGUGAUUCUUCCAAGGCUAGAAAAUGCCAAUUGUGGGGUUGCAAUAAAGCCCGACGUUUUAGAAUAUUACUCAAAAAUGAAUGAACAAGGACUUAGAAAAAGAGCUUCCAGUGUAACAAAAGCAGAAAAAAUCCAUGCCGUUGAAGCAAAAGCUCGAAAAAACCAACCGGAUCGACCAUGUCAUAAACCACGAGACUCAUUAUUUUCUUGGACUUCUGGUUUUGAUAAUUUUACAGGCUUUGUAAAUUGGGCGUUUCUGCUUCUUUCUAUUGGAGGUCUCAGGCUUUUAUUAGAAAAUUUUAUAAAAUAUGGAAUAAGAGUGGAUCCUAUAGAAUGGUUUUAUGUGUUAACCCAAGAAGAAGGCUCGCAGCAUCCAUCACUAAUAUUGAUUUUAUAUUCUUUAGUACCUACCACUUUAUGUCUCAUUAUUGAAAAAGCUCUUGCAGCGGAAAUUGUCCCAAACAAUUUUGGCAUGUUGGUACAUGUCUUGAAUUUAAUUUCUGUGAUAUUAGUGCCUAUGGUUACAAUCCAUGUAAAAGACGGUUUUAGUUUAGUUGGAGCAUCAUGUGUUUGCACAGUGUACAGCAUUUUGUUCCUUAAAUUAUGGUCCUAUAUUCAAGUAAAUAUGUGGUGCAGACUGAUUAGACAGUUCAGUAAAAGCUCUCUAAGGAGACAGUCUGUUUCUCUUAGUAAUCUUCAGAGACAGAUUAAAAAUAAAAAUAAAAACAAGAACAGUUCUGAAGAAGAUCUAACUUGCUCAAAAUUACCCUUAGUGCAAUAUCCAGAUAAUUUAACUGCAAGAGAUUUGGGGUAUUUUUUGCUAGCCCCGACAUUAUGUUAUGAACUGAAUUUUCCUAGAACUGAUAGGGUUAGAAAACGUUUUUUGGUAAAGAGAAUAUUUGAGGUAUUGGCUGGUACUCAGAUAAUAUUGGCCGUUAUUCAACAGUACAUGAUACCCUCCAUAAGGAAUUCAUUAAUUCCAUUUGGUAAUAUGGAUCUUCCAUUGGCUUCGGAGAGAUUACUAAAAUUAGCAAUUCCUAACCACCUAGCUUGGCUCAUAGCGUUUUACAUAUUAUUCCACUCGUGGCUGAAUCUUUUGGGGGAGUUGCUGCAGUUUGCUGAUAGAAAUUUUUAUGCGGAUUGGUGGAAUUCCAACAAUAUUGAUAUUUUCUGGCGCAAUUGGAAUUUACCCGUACAUAGGUGGGCUGUUCGGCAUCUUUAUUUACCAAUGGUGGAUAUGGGCUAUGGUAGGACUGCCGCUAGUGUUACCGUCUUCUUUAUCAGUGCUUUUUUCCAUGAAUAUAUGGUCAGUGUUCCUCUAAAAACUUACAAAAUAUGGGCAUUUAUGGGUAUGAUGGGACAAGUACCCCUAUCAUAUUUUUGCAAGUUUAUAGAGAAGAAAUAUGGUCCGCGGUUUGGCAACAUAGUAGUUUGGGCCUCUAUAAUCAUCGGUCAGCCGUUAUGUAUAAUGAUGUACUACCAUGAUUACAUGGUUAUACAUCAUGGUGAAUCAAUUGCUCAGUAUUCUCAGAUUUGAUAAAUUUUAAUUCUGCUAUUGCUGUUUAAAGCGAGCGUGAAGAUCAUAACAAUAUUUUAGAAAUGUUGAGAUGUUAUUUUUUUACAAAAAUAUGGAGUUGUUAUUUAGUAGUUCAAUUUUCCAAAAUUGAAUGAUAAUUCUCUAAGUCAUAACAUCACAGAAGUUACCAUACUUAUUAUAUUAUUGAUUUUUGUUUGAUUUACUUUAUUGUUUGAUUAUAUUUGUUUAUACCUCUUGUUUGUAAAUUUAAAUUUAAUAUUUUUCUAUAAUAUUAAUAUUUUUAUGUUAUACUCUAAUAGAAAGUGCAUUUCUUUUAGGCAUUUCUGUAAAUACACUUAUAAAAUUAAAGAAGAACCACCACAUAUCACUAUUCAGAUUUUUUUUUAACAUAAAAU